CACAACACUGACAUCAAUUGACAUCUGAAAAUAUCUCAUCGCAGGAAGGGUGCGCCGAAAAGUAUGGUCUAUAAACAUGUUUUACAAUAUUAGUAAUUCAAUCAACAUUUUUUGACUAUGUUUUUAUAUAUUAGUGGGUGAUAAUUGACUCUCAUACUGUAAUUAGCAGUAACUGUAGUAUGUUCGUUAUUUACUUGUUGUAAAAUCUUGAAGGUUCGCGAAACAGUACAAGUAUUUUAUCGAAAAAGUGAUUCAACUACAAUCAAAAUGGCGCAUCAAAUGGCCCCAUCGGUGAAUUGUUCUUUGGAUGAUAUCGAUUUAACUGCACUAAAGGAUCCUGCAGGUAUUUUUGAACUGAUAGAAGUAGUUGGGAAUGGAACAUACGGACAAGUUUAUAAGGGUAGGCAUACUAAAACUGGCCAGUUAGCUGCAAUUAAAGUCAUGGAUGUUACUGAGGACGAGGAAGAAGAAAUAAAGUUAGAAAUUAAUGUUCUUAAAAAGUUCUCAAAUCAUCGGAACAUCGCCACUUACUAUGGAGCGUUUAUUAAGAAGUCCCCCCCAGGAAAGGACGAUCAAUUAUGGUUGGUAAUGGAAUAUUGUGGCGCGGGAUCAGUGACUGAUUUGGUUAAAUCUACUAAAGGACAGUCUCUAAAGGAGGAAUGGAUCGCCUACAUCUCUAGGGAAAUUUUAAGGGGGCUUUCCUAUUUGCACUCAAACAAAGUGAUUCACAGGGAUAUCAAGGGUCAAAACGUGCUCCUCACUGAUAAUGCAGAAGUCAAAUUAGUUGAUUUUGGAGUAUCAGCUCAACUAGAUAGAACGAUAGGCAGAAGAAACACUUUCAUUGGGACUCCUUACUGGAUGGCUCCCGAAGUCAUUGCAUGUGAUGAGAAUCCAGAAGCUACAUAUGAUAACAGAAGUGAUCUUUGGUCAUUGGGCAUUACUGCAUUAGAAAUGGCCGAGUCACAGCCACCACUGUGUGAAUUACAUCCUAUGAGAGCAUUAUUUCUAAUUCCACGAAAUCCGCCACCAAGGCUAAAAAGCAAAAAGUGGAGUAAAAAAUUCCAUGGUUUUAUCGAGACAGUUUUAGUAAAAGAUUACCACGAGAGACCGUACACUGAACAGCUUCUGAAGGCUGCCUUUAUAAAGGAUCAGCCGACUGAGCGCCAGGUUCGUAUUCAGCUGAAGGAUCACAUUGAUCGGUGCAAAAAGAGGAAGCAGGAGAAGGAGCGCGACGAUUACCGGUAUUCGGGUUCGGAGAAUGAGGAGGAGGAGCCCCAGGUGGCGGGUGAGCCGAGCAGCAUAAUCCAGGCGCCAGGUGGAGAUACGCUGCGUAGAAAUUUCCAACAGAUCCAAGAAGGAAGAACCCUUGUAGAACCUCCACCAAGAAGUGGUAAGAAUAAGGAAAGGGAAGAAAUUCCUGAACCCGGUCCUCCAGCUAGACCACCCAUUCCCCAGAGAAUGGUUGUGGUGCCAGAUCCAACUCCUCCUAGAAGACCACUACCACCUCCUCCAGACAAUAAUUUCGCUGCUUCCAGGCCUCAGUCACAGCAGCCCCAAAGAAACUCCCAAUCGCAAAACAUGUUUAAACCUAUGGCACCUGCACGUAAACCUGAGGAACUGGAUUCACUGGCUGCUCACUUGAACGAGCUGGGAAUGCAACAGACAUCGAGUAAUGGUGCCCUUCAGCCUGAGGCUCCCCCGCGCAAUAACAGGAAUAAUUCUCGUAUUCAGUCUACUAACAACAACAAUGUUUCGUCCCCGAGCGCCUCGAGCGCCGCCAACGACCGUUCAGUGGACGCGUUGGUGGACAGCGAGAGCGAUUCCGAGCCAGAGGAGGGAGGUCGCGGGGCUCGAAACGACGGCACGCUGCUCGCUAGCGAUCCGCCGAAACCCCUGGCCGGUCUUCCAGGCGUGCCCGAGGGCGGUACCAGCGCUCCCAGUCCCGGUACCACCGCCAGCUCCGGAUCGGGAGCGCCCAACAGGCCUCUGCCUCCCACACCCGACGACGAGGAGUCUCAAGGAGAUCGCACACUGGUCCUGCGCAAGCAGCCCGCGGCCAAAAUCGAGGACGUGGACGAGGCCACCCUCCUCAAAGACUGGGACUUUGACAAGUUCUUUCCCACGAAAACGACGAAAGGGACGGCCAGCGAGAAACAGGGCGGCCACAGGCGUAUCGAGAGCGACUCCAAACCACUGUUUCGCGGGUUCCGUCGCGAGAACUCGGACCUGCUGCCGUUGGGCUCGACGCGCCACAGCGCCAUCUACCCGGAGCAGAGAAACAAGCCGAGCGCCCUGUUCAACAGCAGGAGGGGCUCAGAGGCGGGCCUGCCCAAGAAGAAGACCGGCGAGCCGGUGCUGACCGACUGGAAGAGGACGGACUCGCUGCUGGGACCGGUUCCCGUUAAGAACGAACAGAACAGAGAGAGCUUCCUGCGGCCUCGGCGCGAAAAGACCGAGUCGGACAUCGUGCUGCGCCACUCGGAGGCGAGGCGCAGCAUCAGGGAGACGCUGGAGGCGCGGCGCCGCGACGUGGAGCGCCAGUUCGCCCGGGAGGCGGAGGGAGCACGCAGGCGCAGCUCGAGGCCCAUAGAAACGGGCGGAGGUACCACGAUUCGCUCGGUGGGCGGGGACGACGAAGACGAGUUCGCCUUCCUGCAGAAUGGGAGAAGUAGCGACCACUCCAGACAAAUCGGCGUGUUACCGGAUCUGCUCAGUCAGGCCAGCGGCAGUCCAGGGACCCCGUCAUCCAGAGACAAGUCACAAAACGAGGAGUAUCGUCCCGAUCACGCGACGCCUCCCUCCUCCUUCCUGCACGCUAACGCUCUGGCUCUGCAACAGAAGCAGCGCUCGUUCCUGGCUUUCGGCUUCGGCGCCAGCUCGCAGCCGUCACGCAGGGAGUCUCACGUCAACGUCAACGUCACGCCCACUUCGCACGACAUCUCGUCCGACACGCCCGAAAUACGCAAGUACAAGAAACGCUUCAACAGCGAAAUACUGUGCGCAGCGCUUUGGGGGGUAAAUCUUUUAAUCGGAACGGAGCACGGUUUAAUGCUUCUGGAUAGAAGCGGCCAAGGCAAAGUGUAUCAGCUGAUCUCGAGACGUCGCUUCCAACAGAUGGAAGUGCUGGAAGGUCAAAAUAUUCUCGUCACGAUUUCGGGAAAGAAGAACAGGGUACGCGUGUACUACCUGAGCUGGCUAAAAAGCAAAAUCCUGCGUACAGACGGAGUUAGUGACCAAGUGGAACGAAGGAACGGCUGGAUCAACGUGGGUGAUUUACAGGGCGCCGUUCACUUCAAAAUCGUCAAGUACGAGCGGAUCAAGUUCCUGGUGAUCGCCCUAAAGGACAGUAUAGAGAUAUACGCGUGGGCGCCCAAACCUUAUCACAAAUUUAUGGCCUUCAAGUCGUUUUGCGAUCUGACCUACAGACCGCUGCUGGUCGACUUGACGGUCGAGGAAGGGACCAGGCUCAAGGUUAUCUACGGGAGUUGCGACGGAUUCCACGCGGUCGAUUUGGAUUCCGCCAGCGUCUAUGACAUUUAUCUGCCCAAACACCCGCAAAAUGGAAUCGCUCCUCAUUGCAUAGUGACGCUGCCUAAUAGCAACGGUAUGCAGCUGUUGUUGUGCUAUGAUAACGAGGGGGUUUAUGUAAAUACGUAUGGACGUGUAUCGAAGAAUAUGUUAUUACAGUGGGGCGAGAUGCCGACGUCCGUGGCCUACAUCGGCACCGGCCAAAUCAUGGGCUGGGGCAACAAGGCCAUUGAGAUCCGCUCCGUGGAGUCCGGCCACCUGGACGGCGUGUUCAUGCACAAGAAGGCGCAGCGCCUCAAGUUCCUCUGCGAGCGCAACGAUAAGGUGUUCUUCUCGAGCGCCAAGAGCGGCUCCUCCUGCCAGAUCUACUUCAUGACACUGAACAAGCCGGGCAUGGCCAACUGGUAACCACUGACUGACGGGAAUGGCGUUAUCACGUGGGACGCGCGGGCCGCGUUGGUUUGGUAUCAGCGUCGUUUUCUCUUCUCUUAUCUCGUUUAGUUCCAUCGCUAGUUGUAUGCCUCGUGAUUUAAAUGAGUAUAGUGUCCGCCGAAACGUUUACAACAAAUGGGGAAUGCAUUUUUAUUCGGUUUUUAGAAAAUCAAUUUAUACUGAACCAAAUCUAAAUCAAUUUUUUUGACAUACAUACCGAACUUAACAAUAAACGCAUGACAUUUAAGAUACAUUUUUGAUAAUUUUAAGGUUUUGUACAAUGUCUAUUUGAUUGGUGUAUAUUUAUUUAUACAUAUAUCGUUCAGAUUUUAUUAAGCCAAGCCACUAUGCUCGAUUAUUUUUUGCAACCUAUUUUACUGUGAUAUAUUUUUUCUGCAACUAUUACUAACUUUCAAAUGGUUUAUAUUAUUUUAAUUUUUGCCAUUCAACUACAUUUUUUCAUAUUAUUUAAUGAUAGUAAAAUUGACUUUUCUUCAGAUAUAUUUAUUCAAAUUGUAAUCCGUUUGGCUGUAAGACAAAUAUCACCUUUAAAUUUUAAAGGGUUACUUUUGAAUUAGAGUACACAGGUACUUCAGUUACCUUCUGUUUUUGUUUUGUCUCGCUUUUGUGUUUUUAUUGGGUGCAGAAAUAGUUUUUUUUUGUUGUUAUUAUUAGUGGAGUUUUAUUUUUUAAACUAAGUUAGAUAACCUAAAAUCUGGAGUUCAAAUAUUUUUUUCUAUUAUAACACUAUAAAGAGGUGGUUUAAUUUUAACGAAAUAGACUUCUAAUAGGUAUAGAAGUCAUGUUGAAACAAAGGUUUAAAUCUCCUAUCUUCGUUUACUGAACUAGAAAAUAAAAUAAGGAGCCGUUAUUUUUUCAAAAUUACUUUUAUCAUCUAUCAAAGUUGACAUUUUUACCAUUGAGUCACCUCAACUAUCAUCACUGCCACGAUAAAGUAUUUUUCAAAUUAAGAAAAAAAAAUAGAAAAGACGCUUAUACCAAAGCCAAAGGUCGGUCCUAGCCUGUUCUUACGAAGAAAUUGAAAAUCUUUCAAAGAAACGCUAGCGGUGCUAAGAAUUUAUUCUCGACUUUCUAUCAUAUUAUUAUUUUUAUUUAUUGUCGCUCAUUCAUCACUCACAUUUCAUAUUUUUGUUCUAUUUAUUAUAUCACUCAAGAAUGAAUCUUCCACAUUUUUGUAUUUAUAUUAUUGAGAACUAAUACUUUGUAAAAAUAUACAUUCAAAUUAAAAAAAAAAACCUGCGUGAUAAAUAAAAAUGAUAAUAAAUAAAUAAUACUGUAACCAUUAGAGAAAAGAGUACAAGUUCUCCAUAUUUAUUUCUUUUGUUGGAUUAUUAUAAUAUACUUAUAGGGCAAUCAGAAAUUUAGUGCCAUUUGCAGCUAUUGUAAUUUAAUCUUGGCUUAUGAUAUUCGGCGUGCACCUGAUGUAGAUUAUUGUCAUGGCCCAAUGAUGCCUCAAAAUUAUCUUUCUUUUAAAUUAACUUCAGUUUUAAGGAAAAUUUAUGAGUGGAUCAGAAUUUAACCUGAAAGAUAAAAUGACACGCUGAUGCCCUAAGUGUCUUUCUAGAAGCCUAGAUUAAGUUUCAAUUGGUGCAAACAACUGAAUAAAAGUUCCAUUAUAAUGUUGUACUGUCUGUUGUCUCUCAUAUUGGCAUUUAAUCAUUAAAAUAAUUUCUUUUGUCAUGUUUCUAUAACAUAAUUUAAAUUAAUAUGUCAAACGUACAACAUUAAACUCUCCUGUAUAUACCGGUAGCAUCUGAGAGAAUUCUCUUAAUCUAAAUGUCAUCAUCAAGGUGUUUUUUUUAAUAGCGCCACCGGUUCUGCAUUUAUUACUAUGAUUAAGUUUGGUGCCAACCGAUAAUUAGUGACGUAAAGACAUGCUCACUGAACUGUAGAUAGAUCCAAAUGCCUGCGGCCCAGCAACUUGGGUCGCCC